UGUGGAGGCGUUUCGGCGAUCCAAUCCUACACAGAAACAACGGCAACACUGUCGUUCAGCGGGAUGAAAUCCAGCAUUUUCACCCUUGUGCUCAUCCCUGGGCUGGCCUUGGGCAAAGAUUUCUGCAAAGAAGAGUUAAGGACGAGCGUGGAGGACGCAGUUUUACUAAAGAAUGGAACCCUUAUGACCGGUAAAGGUGACAAUUAUCCCGAGGGCACGUUUUGGAAAGACGAGGCAGAAGCAGGGCACUGGUGGGUCUGUCCUUGCCUCUUGGGAAACUGCAUCAGAAUUUGCGACAAAGAAUUCGCGGAAGUAAUAAUUGAAGAUUCUAGUGGAUCUAAGCCCGUUACGCACUUUCUGUGGAAUGAAAUUAUUGAGACAGACACGCCACCAAUUGAGUUCUUCAAACAAAUACGCCACGCAAAAUGUGAUGGUGUUUCCAACAUUUUAAAAAAAGAAGACGUCAGGAUCUUGUCGAGCGGAAAGAUGAGAUUGAAAGACAAAAUGAAGCUAUAUGAUGCCGAGGAUUACUGUGUUCACCAAAUGGAAGGAAGAAACUCCAUAUAUAUUGUACACUGCGCAGAAGAGGAGUUUGAGCAUGGGUUUGAGGGAGAACAGUUUCCAGUGGAGUAUCACAUUUACUUGUAUAUUUCGCAACUGAGCUCCAUUUUCCUGAUCUUGACCGUUCUGGCGUACAUCCUCAGCCCGCAAAUUGAAUCGUUUCACAGAAAGUGCGUGAUUUUCUACGCAGCAAAUCAUGCAGCAUAUUUCUCCGCCAUGACAGUCAACAUUUAUUUUUUUGGAAAAGAACUGGUAAAGUCACGCUGCUUUUUCAUUGGAUACAUCGGCUUUUACUCUCAUCUCGCCUCCAUGUUUUGGCUCAACAUUAUGUGCAUCAAUAUUUUCUUCACUUACAAAGGGGUUCUGCGCAAAGGAAGAAAUUACUUUGCAUUGUUUGCUGCGUAUUCAAUUUGCGCACCAAUCCCAAUAGUGGCUGUGGCUCUAAUUUUCAACCUGAUCGACAACGACAUCUCCAUUUUCAACCCGAAAAUGGGAAAAAAUGGAAUAUGCUGGAUGAAUAACAUAGAUGCCGAGUGGAUUUACGGAUUUGGACCGAGCUUGAUUUUGCUUGUGGCCAACGUCUGCUGGUUGUCUGCAACCUGCUGCGCAAGAGGCGAGCCGGUCCGCACCUCGGAGGAAACCGACCUGACGGUGCCGCAGGAAAAGGAACGGCGCAGAACGUAUUUAAUGCUCACCCUCGUGGUGUGUCUCACGUUCAUCGUUGAAGCCAUUCCGUACUUUAUUGGCGGUGCACGCAUUAUUACGUUGGUCGUGGGUGUCUUCAGUACUGCGCGGGGAGUUUUAAUCUUUUUGCUCCUUGUGUGUGCCGACAAGUAUGUGAGGAAGAGCCUGAGCAGCCGAUUUUGUAAAGCCCAGCGUGGCUAUAUAAUCUAAUAAAAUUCAUGACAAUUUUGAGAAAGCUUUCCACUGUUUUUAACAGUUGGAUUUUCAAUAAAUUUAUACUUUUG